AUGCUCAAGUCGGUCUUGUCGGCAAUGCCGACUUACUCUAUGUCAUGCUUCAAGCUCCCUGCAGGGUUAUAUAAAAGGAUUCAGUCAGCCUUAACCCGGUUUUGGUGGGAUUCAAAGCCAGGAAAGAAGAAAAUGUGCUGGCUCUCAUGGGAAAAACUUACAAGAUCAAAACGCGAUGGAGGUUUGGGUUUCCGAGACAUCCAAAGCUAUAAUGAUGCCUUCCUUGCAAAACUGAGUUGGAGAAUCCUCAACAAUCCCCAGAGCCUCCUCUCCCGAAUCCUCCAAGGAAAGUAUUGCAAAGACCACCACUUUUUGAAUGCACCGAUGCCUUCUUCUGCCUCGCACGGUUGGAGAGGAAUUAUCAUUGGUAGAGACCUCCUCCUUAAGAAUCUAGGCAAAGCAAUUGGAAAUGGCGCCUCAACCUCGGUCUAG